AGUCGUAUGAACUAGUUGAGUCUAUCCGUGUAAGUUUGGUGUGUAUAUAGUCAUCUAAUGAAGUGACUGCAAGUAGCUAGAGAAUGUGAAGGUAGAGUUGGUGUAAUCACGUAUUUCGUUAGAAGACAUUGACAAUAUCACAUUUUUUAACAAUGUCGUCAUCCAAAUUACAAAAAAUUUAAAGCCAAUCGAUAAAUAUAGAUAAAUUAAAUCGUCUUCGAUAAAUUCGAAAUAUAGACAACGAGUGUGACGUGACAGUGUAUUUAUUUUAAACAGAGAUUUCAACAGCCUGAAUGAUGACAAUAAUUAAAAACGUUUGGUGGCGGUAAUUACAGCAGCCAUAAGAUCACACAGAUUAUUUUUUUCAUCUGUGUGUUGUAUUAGUUCUACACAACAUAUACGAACACCUUGAAGGUUAUGCGGCAAUUCUUAUCGAUCGAUUUUACUUUCGUGCCUGACCCGCUUACUGUUUAACGUGUAUCCAGAGCACGAAAAUUGACCAAAUAAUUUAUUUGUUAUCGUGAACUAAAAAUAUUUUCUUAUAGAAACCUUUUUAUUUCGUAAAAUAAGAAUUCGAAGAUGGUUUUUGAAUCGAUUGUUGCCGAGCUCCUGAACAAGGUGUUGGGAGAGUAUAUUCAAAAUUUGGAUUGCACGCAAUUAAAACUGAGCUUAUGGGGAGGUGAUGUAGUGUUAAAAGACUUAUUAAUAAAAGAAAGUGCAUUAGAUAUACUGGAUCUACCUAUUCGAUUGGAAUAUGGAAGAUUAGGAAAACUUAUAUUAAAAAUACCAUUCAAAGAUAUGUGGAAUGGACAAAUUGAUGCAAUAGUUGAGGAACUAUUUAUACUUGUAGUACCUUCAAGUCAGGUUGCUUAUGAUGCAGAAAAAGAAGCAAGAAUACAACUUGAAGCAAAACAUGCAGAACUUGCAAGAGUUGAAAAAAAGAAACAAUUAGCAGAUAUCAAAUCACAAGAAAAACUAGAUGAUUCAAUGAUUGAAAAACUCAUUGCCCGUAUGAUAAAAAAUAUUCACAUCGAAAUCAAAAAGAUACAUGUGAGAUAUGAAGAUCAUAUCUCAUACAAAGACCAUCCUUUUUCAGUUGGUUUUACAUUGAGUACAUUUACCUUAGAAAGUUGUACAGAUUCUUGGCAAACAACUGGUAACUUAAAAGAUAUGUAUGCUAUUCCACAAAUUUACAAGUUAUGCACACUAGAUGGUUUGGCAGUGUAUCUCAAUACAACUCUAGAACAGUUUAGUAAUACAAAAUCAAAUUAUUUAAAUUUAUUUCAUAAUGGAAUUGCAACCAUAGAUUAUAAUCCACCUGGUUAUCAAUACUUAUUAGGUCCAAUCAAUGUCAAUGCAAAGUUAAAAUUAAAUCCAAAGCCAGAAACAGAUGGAAGUAACUAUACGAUUCCCAAGGUAUGGUUAGACAUGGAAAUGCAAAAAUUAAGAAUAGGAUUAGCAAGGAAACAAUAUCAAACCAUCGUUCAAUUAGGAGAGGGUUUAGAUCAAGCUCAGAAAGCUGCACCAUUUAGAAAGUAUAGACCAAAUUUAACAUCAUACAGAGGACAUUAUAAAGAAUGGUGGAAGUUUGCAUAUGUUUGUGUCUUAGAAGAAGAAGUACGUAGAAAACGUAGAAAUUGGGAUUGGAAUCAUAUGAAAGAGCAUCGAGAUAUGUGUCGCUCUUAUGCUGACAGUUAUCAAACAAAAUUAACGACCAAAAAAGUCACACAAGAAAUAGCAGAUCAUCUUACUCAGUGUGAAAGAAGAUUGGACAUUUUUAAUUUAGUCAUUAUUAGGCAAAAGAUAGAAAUGGAAGUAGAGAGAAUGGCUGAAAGAGAAAAAAAUCUAAAAGCGAAACGCGGUUGGUUCGGUUUCUUGUGGUCCAGUACACAGACAGAGGAAACACAAGAAUUGAAUUCUGCAGCUGCUAUAAUGCGGAAAUUCGAGCAGGCAAUGACACCACAAGAGAAAGAAAAGUUAUAUAGAGCGAUUGACUAUCAAGAAAAUAGUGCACCAGCUCAUUAUCCCGAAACAUAUGAAAUGAUCGACACACGAUUUCUUUUACACGAGCUACAAAUUAUAAUUUUAGAUACAGAUAAAGAACAUCCUUGUAUUUUGGAUCUUCAACUUCAUAGUGUUGAGGCUGGUUUCAAAUCGAGACCAUCUGCUAAUGCUAUUUUAGUUACAGCAUCAAUUAAUGAGAUGAAAUUAUUAGGAACGAAACAAGAUGAACAUAUUCCUUCACUUUUUAAUUCCCAUCAGCAUGGCGCAGAUAAUGUUUUAAUAUCAGUGUCGUACGAAAAGAAUCCUCUCGAUAAAUUGUGUGGCGAUCGUAUGAUAGUAAAAUCGAAAUCUGUGGAUAUUAUUUACGAUGCACAGACCGUGAUAGAAAUAGCUAAUUUGUUUAAAGUACAAAAUUCAUCGACUUUGAACAAUCUUCAAGCAGCUGCUGCUGUACAAUUAGAAGGUUUGAAAGAAAUGUCGGCUUUAGGUUUGGAGCAUGCUAUUCAAAAGCAUUCAGUAUUAGACAUACAGGUUAAUAUGCAAGCUUCUCAGUUAAUCAUACCACAUGAUGGAUUUUAUGAUAGUACAAAAUCAUUAUUAGUUGUAAAUCUUGGUAGCUUGCAAAUACAUUCUUUGGAAAAACCAAAGGGCGAUGAUAAGACAAAUGUAUCUGUUAAACAAUUAAUCAGCAUGGGUAAAACUGAAGAAGAUGUGUUAUUGCAUCUUAGAGAACAUAGUUAUGAUAAAUUUGUUUUAAAGAUAGUCGAUUUUCAAGUAUUAGUUUCAUUGCCUGGCGAAGAAUGGCGCACGGUAUUAUCAAAUGUGGAUGAUUCUAUGACAUUAUUACACCCAACAACGCUUGAAAUCCAAUUUCACAAAUGUUUAAUAACGGACGAUCCAUUACUUCCGAAAUUAAGGUUGAUAGGCCAAUUACCAUCAGUUGUUGUUAAUAUAACAGAUAUUCGUUUAUUGCAAGCUCUUUCUAUUGCUCAGAGCAUACCGCAGCCAAAAGAGGAACCAACAGAUCUCCAGAAGUCAUAUAUGAGUAAAUCUGUUUCACAAUUAUCUUUGCUGAAAGAUAUAACUACUACCAUUGCUGAGAAGAAGAAAGAAGAAGAUUCUACUGUAACUUCAGUUAAACAAACGAUUGAUAUGGAAAUGAAAUUUGAAAUGAAAGAAUUUGCAAUACAAGUUUCAUCCCAAAAGGGUAAUGAAAUAAUACCAUUUGUGAAGUUCGAGGUACUACAGUUAGAAGCAGAGAUGUUACAAAGGACUUAUGAUCAAGAGAUAUUAUUAAGAUUAGGUGGAGUUCAAGUCAAGCAACAUUACAAUCAAAGAGAAAUAUUUAUGAUAACCACUCCAAUGUUAUCAGGUAGACAUGAAUAUUUGAUAACAGUACAGUAUAUAAAUGUAAAUAAGCGAUCUCCUGAAUUUAAGACGAAAUACGGAUCUGUUCUUCAAUUAUUAAAAUUAGAAUUUACAACAUUGGAUGUUUUAUUACAUCAAGAAGCUCUUAUAAAUCUUCUUCAAUUUAUAUCAUAUGUGCAGGAUCAAAUGAAUGUCAUAGCAACUAGUAAACUUGAAAAAGAGCCUCGCAUACGUCCACGACCUUCUCAUUUGGUUUCCAUUCAAGAAGAAACUUCUACAUUUUUAAGAGAACAAAUUCAAAAGCAAAAAUUUAGGUCAACGGCACGACGGAGAAGAACAAUGAUGGAGCACGUAGAUCUAAAAGUCCAAGCAAAAGUUGGGACUAUUUGUAUGAAGAUAACUAGUGAUUGUAGAGAAAUUUCUGCAUUUUAUAUCGACGGUAUCACUGCCGGAUUUAUAAUGAAAGCUUCCUAUUCUCAAGCAAAUGUUAAUUUAUCUUCUAUUAGCAUUAAAGAUCUUAACGAAGCGUCAGGUUACAAGGAUAUUGUAUCAGUGACAGAAGAUACUGAAUCCUUGCAAAUCCAAGCUAUAAUGUAUAAUAUUGAGUCGUCAGACAUUGAUAAAAAUAAUAUGUCUAUCACAGUUGUUAUGGGCUGUUAUCGUAUCGUCUUUUUGAAUAUGUUUGUUACUAGUAUAAUGAGUUUUUUAAACAAUUUUCAAACGGCACAACAAGCCAUAAGGGAUGCAUCAGCAGCAGCUGCAGAAGCCGCGAAGACAAAUAUUAAAGACGUUAAAGAAAGUGCGGCACGUAUUGGCCUUGCAGUAAAAAUUAAAGCUCCAGUUAUAUAUGUACCAAUGCAUUCGAAAAGUGAUCAUUGUUUAACACUAGAUAUGGGUAACCUUACUAUAUGUAAUGUUUUUAAGAAGUUAGAAGUUACAAAUGAUGCUGGAGAUUGUCCUAUUGUCGAUGAAAUGAGAAUCGAGCUACAAAAUUUAAAGUUGUCCCGCGUAAGACUAAAUAUGGAGAAGUUCGCGAUUGAAAACGAAAUAUUGCUGUUAGAACCAGUCAGUUUUACAUUACUCAUUAAACGUAAUUUAUCUACUGCCUGGUUUACAUCUAUACCUGAUAUUGACAUGUCGGGUAGACUAAAUAAAAUUAAUAUAUUAAUAAGUAAAGAGGAUUAUGCAACUACAUUGAAAGUAUUAGAAAAAAAUUUAGGUGAAACAGUUGAAGAUACAAAGCUCACGGCAAGUGUUAGUCAAUCCGAAAAGAAACUCGAAGUAGAAGUUUUACAACAUCGACAAAGUGAUAGGUUUGUAAGAGCUACUGCAGAAGAUGCAGAAGAUCCAAACUCGCAAGAGCAAGUACAUACACACACGUCCAUUAAAUUUGAGUUUGUUAUGGACAGUCUUAUGAUUACUUUAUUUACAGGAGGUUCAAAAAUGCUGCAAUCACAAAGUUCUCUGCUUCAUCUACCGGAGAAUGGAUUAGCGAAAUUUUGUUUAACCCAUUUCGCGUUAAAAGGUCGAAUAUUUGCCGAUGGAUUAAUGGCAACUUCAAUUCUUCUUAUGAACUGUACUUUGGACGACAUACGUCAAAAUAGGCAAGGUUCUCUUACAAGAAUCAUGGAAAGAACUACGGCAGUGCCUUCUAUGGAUGAUAUAGAAAAAGAAUCCAAACCUGUUCGCAGUAUGUUAGAUAUGACCAUUAGACAAAGUUCAAAUGACAUGUUUGUUGAUAUUCGAGUCUUUUCAUUUAGUAUUAUUGUGUCACUUGACUAUUUAAUGAAAGUGAAAGAUUUUUUCACUACUGAUGAACCAUCGACAAAUAAAACAGUGCAACCAAAGAAUUAUAACGAAUCAGCAGUUAAAAAGAAACAAACUGUAUCACCAACUAAAAAAAUGUUUACGGUUAAUGUACAUAUUGAGAAACCCGAUAUUAUUUUGUUAGAGGACAUGGAUGACAUAAAUUCCAAUUGUAUCAUAUUAAAUACUGAAUUACUGUUGAAAGUACGUAUAAUGGAUGAACAUCAAGUAAUAGCAGGCACCAUAAAAGAUUUAUCAAUUCUAGCUGGUAUAUAUAAUACCGCGAAGAGAAGUGAUUGGAUAUAUCAGGUGCUAAGACCAUGCAGUGUAAGUGUAGCAGGUUCUACACCAGAAGGAAAAGGACUUCACAUUGAUAUUUGUUGCACAGACAUUCACUUAUCAGUUUCGCCAGGUGUCAUAGAAAUAUUGAAUAAAGUAGUUCAUACUGCUACAAAGACACAAGAGCAAGAUCAGGAAGUUAUUAUUACUGAGCGAAAUUACGAAGGAUUAUGGGUUGUCACUCCAUUUGAAGAAAAUGAUUUUUGGUUUUUAAAAACAGAAGUAGGAGUAGAGGCCAUAGAAGAUAUUGUAUAUUCUGAUGAUGAAGAUACUACAGUUUAUAAGCCAGAAUUAGCAAUAAUCUCUGCACCAACAAUUUUACUCACAUUAGAAGCAGGCAUUGGUAAUAAAACAUUGCCAAUGCUUCUACUUCAUAUUGGCUUUGAAAGUAACAUUAGUGAUUGGAGUACAAAAACUAUGAACAUGGAGUGUACAAUGUCGGUAAUUAUGGCAUAUUAUAAUAGCUGUCUAGCAUUGUGGGAACCAUUAAUUGAACCAAUAGAGAGGAUCAGAAAUGAAAAGCGGGUUUCUACACCUUGGGAACUAAAAGUUAAAAUUCAAUUUAAUGAUGUAUCACCGGAUUCUAGAGGCGCAAGUGCGGCCAGUCCUACAUCAGAUAGUGAAACAGAAGAAUUACAUCAGAUUCCCAAAAUGUCUAUUGAUAUAAUAUCAACUGAAAAUUUGGAAAUAACUGUGACUAAAACAUGUCUCGAUGUAUUACAACAACUUGGUAAUGCAUUUUCAUCUGCCAUGGAAGCUAGCGGGAAAGGAGCGGCUAAAAGUGUAGCACCAUAUGUUCUUAAGAAUGAAACUGGCUUAGCGAUAGUUUUAGAUUUGGAGCGCAGUCACUUCAAGGUUUUUAAUGAUGGAUCCAAACUUACAAGUAAUAACGCAGAUUCGUAUAUGGAGGUAAUUCUAGAAUCUGGUGCGUCAGUACAGUUAGCUCCGAGGACAACAAAAACUGAGAUACCACUGCUUGAUCAAUUGAAAAUUGAAACAAUCAAAGAAAAAGACGAUGAUAAGUUUAUUAUUUCGUUUAAAGAAAUUAAUAGAACUUUGGCUGUACCUGUGUUAAGAGCUGAUAAAAGAUUCUUUUCACUGAAAUAUCGAAAGGAUGGUUCUGAAGAAUGGGGUAUUGUUUCUGAUGUUAUAGUAGAUGAAGGAAGUACUAUUGUUACUCUUAGAAGUAUUCUACAGGUACACAAUCAUUUUAGUCAACCAAUAUCUGUAUAUUAUAUGACUAAACGUGGAAAUGAAGUUGAAUGCGUGGGAACUGUUGCUCCAGAUAGUAAAUUAAAUCUUCCACUAGACACUGUAUAUACACCAACAAAUGUUUAUGGGCUAUUUUUCAGUGUUGAAGGAUAUAUGGUUUCGCUAGAACAAUUUAUUUGGAAAGAUUUACAAAAAACAGUUAGUAUGACAAAGCUGUUAAAAUGCGAGGCUCGAGUGAGGCAAGAAGCUGUAGAACCAUUUUACAUAAAGAUGUUUUUCAUGAUGAUUGUGGUUGGUAGUAUUUUAUAUAAUAACAACACUAUUGGCUUAUUAUUGAAUGCUAUUAACUGGCGAUCCGUAUUCUGUCGUUUCAUUGAUUGCGUCAAGCGUCUUUGCUUGAAAACUUUACCCUCAGAGCACAAAAAAUAUCUGGAAGCACCUAUACAGGUUGUUGGUGAAAUGGAACAAGUUUAUUUUGAGACUACUAGUCGACAUACUAUAGCAAGUACAAUCUAUAAUGUUCAUUUAUACCCAGCUGUAUAUUUGAAGAAUUUUUUGCCUAUCGAUAUUAUUGUAUGUUUACCUGGAAAUGUGCAAGAAAAACUUUUAGAAGCUGGCACAUCUUAUCAGAUUCCUACAAUUGACCCAGGAAAGUCUUAUAUAAUCAUAAAAUUACCAAACUAUUUAGAAAAAGAUUGGUCAUGUAGAGGUGAGAUACUUGCGAAUCCACCAGAAUUUUCUGUAUGGUCUUUUGAAUCUUUUGAUAGUGCACAAAAAGUUAUAAUGGAUUUGGGAAUGCAUACAUCAUACAAACAUGGUUCUAUCAUUAUGGCUUUAUAUUGUCCAUUUUGGAUGUUAAAUAAAACAGGCUUGAUGUUGUCUUAUCGGAAAUCAAGUAAGGGUGGCAAAGAACACUCAAGUCCAAUCAAGAAUUUGGUUUGUGUGAAACCUCAUCAAUCACGUACAGAAUACAAGAGGAAGAAAGCACGUUUGAGUGGAGAAGAUUAUCUAAAUGUGCUUUAUCAUCCAGAGAAUUUCAAGGGACCAAUAUUGUUCUCAUUUCGCUCCAAAGUAUUCUUUGGUAAAAAGAAAGCAAUGAUCAGGGUCGAGAAUGGUGAAUGGUCAGAUAAAUUUCCAAUAGAUGUUGCAGGAAGUGAGGGAGUAGUCAUUUGUAAAUAUAAUGGCCAAAUAUAUCAAAUUGGAGUUCACAAUCAAUUGACUUAUAAUUCUUUGACAAAACAAAUUACAUUUACUCCAUAUUAUGUACUGAUAAAUAACUCUGAUUAUCUCAUUGAAUGCCAAGAAGGUAAUAGGCCAGCUGAUCCUAUGAUCAAGGUACCUGCCAGAGAAUGUGCAGCUUAUUGGCCUCGUUCUGAUCAUGAACAGAAAACUCUAAGUGCUAGAAUCGCAGGUAACCCUGAAAAAACUGCACCAUUUAUUUACACAGAGAACCAUACGACUUUGUUAAAAUUAAAUAAUAAGUAUGGAGGAAUUAAUGUAGAUAUACAAAUAAGCGAAGGUGGAGUUUACAUUUCUUUAUCUGCAUACACUCAUGGAAAUGCCCCAGCUUUAAUUAUUAAUCACACUCCACAUACAAUCAAUUUCUGGGAAAAAGGUUCACUAAAUGUCAGAUCUGUACAGUCAUACAAUAGAAUGUUUUACACUUGGGAAAAUCCUGCAGGUCCGCGGAAAUUAGUUUGGGAAGACAACAAUAAAAAAGAAAUUGAAGAAACUCUUCGAAAAGACACUUUAGGAGGUUUUCAAUUGCCAGAUCUAGAAGAAGAAGUAUACUAUGUAUCAUUUUUGGAUGGUACACAACGAGUGCUUCUAUUUACAACAAAUAUGAAAGUUGCAGAAGAUUGUGAACUAGCAGGUGAUUUUGAACCUAUAGAACAGGAAAUAACAAUAAGUAUUCACGGAGUUGGCUUCUCACUUGUUAACAACAUCAUGAGAACUGAAUUGUUAUAUUUGUGUAUAGCUAGUUCUGGAAUUAUGUGGGAAACGCGCAAAUCUGUUAACCAUCGUUGGCGCAAUCUUGAUACAAGAGAGGUAAUAGUUAUAGAAGAAGGCUAUCAAAAAUAUAUACGUGAAUUACAAAUGGACAAAAGUCCAGUACAAAAAGUAAUACUUGAACCAAAAUUAGAGGUUGAUUAUUUAAAUAUGGAAAUGUUAAAACCACAUCGUCGUUGUCUACGACGCACUUUUCAAACUGGUUUAUGGUUGCAAUACCGUACUUCAGUGCAUCAAGUGCAGUUACAUGCAAAGAUCAACAGACUGCAAAUUGAUAAUCAACUUACAGACUGUGUUUUCCCAGUUAUAUUAGCUCCAGUCCCGCCACCAAAGAGUGUUACAGCAAGCACAGUUAUGAAACCAUUCGCUGAACUUAGUAUGGUUAAACGACUACUUGAACAUAGUAAUGUACAACAAUUUCGGUACUUUAAGGUUCUUAUACAAGAGUUUCAUGUGAAAGUAGAUAUUGUAUUUAUUAACGCGAUCGUGGGACUGUUUGAAGCAAAUGAAAUGAACGAUGCAGAAGAAAGUAAAUUAUUUAAAUUGGACAUGAAACUCGUUGAUGAACCUCUGAUGUAUCACGUUAGUUUGAUUACUACAGCCGAACAGAAGAAUUUCUUUGAUCUACUUCACUUUUCUCCCUUGAAGAUUCAUAUAAGUUUCUCAAUGAGCGGUAGUGGUAGCGGGCCAUCUGCACUACCUCAAGUAUUAAAUGUAUUGUUACAAGGAAUAGGUGUUACGUUAACUGACAUUAAUGAUAUUGUCUUCAAAUUAGCAUAUUUCGAAAGAGAGUACAUUUUUAUGACCAAUAAACAGCUUAUUUCCGAAGCAACAACGCAUUAUGUAGGACAAGCAAUUAAACAAGUUUACGUUCUUGUUCUGGGACUCGAUGUAAUAGGCAAUCCGUAUGGCCUAGUGGUAGGUACUAUGAAGGGCAUUGAAGAUUUGUUUUAUGAACCUUUCCAAGGUGCCAUACAAGGGCCCGGAGAAUUUGCAGAAGGUUUGCUUCUUGGUAUGAGGAGUAUGUUAGGUCACACUGUUGGAGGAAUGGCUGGAGCUGUUUCUAAAAUUACUGGAGCUAUGGGUAAAGGUAUAGCUGCCUUAACGUUUGACAAAGACUAUCAGAGAAAACGACAAGAACAGCUUAACAAACAGCCAGCCAACUUGCAAGAAGGUCUUGCUCGUAGUGGAAAAGGUUUGAUAAUGGGUGUUGUUGAUGGUGUAACUGGUGUUGUGAUGAAGCCCAUAUCGGGUGCCAAAGAAGAAGGUGUGGAAGGAUUCUUUAAAGGAUUUGGGAAAGGCAUGGUUGGUCUUGUUACUCGACCAACUGCUGGAGUUAUAGAUUUCGCUAGUGGUUCAUUUGGAGCAGUGAAACGAGCAACUGAGUUGAAUGAAGAAGUAAAGAAAGUAAGACCAUCUAGAUUUUUACAACUAGACUGCUUGGUUAGACCAUAUGUCAGAGAUGAAGCUGAGGGACAUAAAAUCUUAUGUGAAUUAGAAAAAGGAAAAUAUGCGAAUACUGAUAUCUAUUUUUAUCACAUGUACAUUAACAAAGAUGUAUUAUUGCUUACUGAUAAGAGAAUAGCAUACUUAGAGCAUAGUGAUUUAUUUGGUGGAUGGCGGGUGCAUUGGACCCACGCGUGGCAAGAGAUGAGCGAACAACCGAAAAUAGUUGAUAAGGGAGUACAGAUAUUUAUCAAAGAUUCCAGUAAGAAGAAGAAAUUAGGAUUAUUUGGUAGUACAGAUCAAUCAAAAAUAAUUUUAAUACCUGAUUAUAAUAUUAGACAGCUUCUAUGCGAUAAAAUGCAACAACAAAUUAAUCAAUACGAGUUGUAAUACCAGAAAAUCAAAAUAGAUAAUACACGCAAAUAUAAUUUAACAUUUGAAUAUAGUUAACUGAAUUGAUAGCGUCUGGCUAUCAUCUAGCAUCAUAAAUUUCUAUUCGCUUUCGAAGCUGAAUUUCAUAAAUUCUAUAUAUACACAUAUGUAUAUUAUAAUACAGUUUUCUACAAAUAUUAUUCAUAAGACUGAUACUUGAUCAGAAUCAACAAAAAGUAAAGAAGAAUCAGUAUGUAUGUAUAGUUUUAUAUUUAUUACGCUUUGAAUAUUCUGGGUUUAAAUUUAUUAUAUUUUAUACGAUUUAACACUGUUUUUAUCACAAAACGUGUUUCUAAACGCCAGUUUCUAAUUCCAUAAAUUGUUAUAAUGUUAGUAAAAGCCACAAGAUGCUUUUAAUGCUUUUAAUUAAUCUAUAUAACCUUAUCGACACGUUUUUUGAUAUUAUACAAAAUAAUUAUUAUAGUCUUUAUUAUCGUUAAAAGUUCUUAAUCACAUUAUCGUGUUAUAAUUUCGCUUCAAGGUAUAUUAUGGUAUGUAAAACAAAGUUGAAAUACGCAUGGAAAUAGUUGAAAACCUAAACAAAUAUUUUUUAUCUUAUUAAUUUGAAACAUAAUGUUUUUAUAAGGUACAAGAUAUAUUUUAAGCUCAUACUUAAAUACCUGAUUAAUUUUAUGUAAAAAGUUAUAUAUGCAAAAAUCAAUAUAGAGACAUGUCAUAGUUUUAUAGCACUUUAAAAAAAAUAACUUGAAUAUUGAUGCUUUAUGUCUUAAGAUAUUUCUUGUUAAUGUAAUAUACUUGAUAUUCUAAAAAAUCGCCAUCAUAUGACAAUAUAAUAUUUAUUAUCGCUUAAUAAUAAGUUUAAUAAUUAUUUACUAUAUACACAUACACGUAUAAACAAAAAUUCAAACGCACAUCCUAUGUUCAGUAACUUCUGUACCUGUAUAACUAUGUUGUUAUUAUAUAUAUAUAGACAUACAGGAUGUUUCUAAAGCCGCCGCAUAAUUUUCUAAAAUAUAUACAAAAAUAUAUUUCCGUUUUUAAAAUGUAUAUUCUUAAAAUUUUAUAUGCACGUAGAAGUCAACUACUUUUCAUAUAAAACAUUAAUGUUUAUAUCAUUUUUUAUUUGAAUUAUACUUCGUAUGAAACUAUUACUCGUUUAAUCAAUUAUAUGUUUAAAUUCAAAUCAUUACAUAUUCUUAGAAACACUCUGUAUGUUCAUGGAUAGUGCAUAGCUUUUAUUACAAGAUUGUUCAGUUAAAUGCAUAGUGGAAGAAAAUGAAAAAAAA